UCUUCUUGGCUUAAAAUAAUGAAAAAGUACUUGCUUUGAUAAUAACACUGAUUAGAAGUGCUUCUAGUGGCAUAGUGCAAUGUCAGGUCUAGCCCCUAAUCGCUACAGAGACGACCCAACGGGUCAACUAACCAGCUUACCAAAGCCUGGAGAAGAGACCGCUGAGCAGAGCCAAGAAGAGGAAGAGGACAUCAUGGAAAUGGACGAGGAAAAAUUCGAGAAAACAGCUCGACUGUGCUCCAUUAGGAAGAGGUCAGUGGAAAUCCCUCUGGACUAUCUUCUCUCAGGGAUGGUAUUUCUCUCAGGUGGUAGGGAUAAUCGUAAUGGCCCUAUCCUCUCCAUUGUCCAGCCAGUGGAUGCUGAUAUUGACAUGCUCAUGGAAUUAAGGAAUGAUGAGAUUACUGACAUGCUUUCGUACUUCACGUUUGUACCAAGUGAGGAAAUCAGGAAGAGAAAGUUUACCGUCGUCAUAGCAGCAGAUGAAAUGUAUGACUUCUUCUUGAAGAAUAUCAUAAUGGCUUUGAAUAACUUUCAAAUUGAGAGUAAAGUCAUCCACAUGGUAUACGUUCUCUCAAACUCUCGCAACAUUGAGUCCACUAACAUACUCCAAUGGGCUUAUGGCAUUGAACAGAAUGGCAAAGAUAAAGGAGCCCCUGCCAAGGAAGGAGAAGAAGAAGAGGUUGGAGUAGUACCAGAAUCUCCAACACCUAAACUAGUUUUACCAUAUUCCUUCAAAGGCUCAUCUGCUGAGCUGUUUGAAGACAUUCCUCAGAAUCAGCUCACACAGGAGUUUGGUGGAAGUUUCAGUUACAUUCAUCAGGACUGGGUCCGGUUCAGAAUGCAAGUGGAGCCAUUCAUUUGUGAUGUGGUUGGUGUCUCUAAGAGAUUAGCUCAAGCCAUUGCUCCCUUUACCAAAGAAGACCUACCGGAUACUUUGAAGGAAGCAGAGGAGAGCUUAAAAAUCCACCACUUGCAAAGAAGGAAGACGUUUGAGAACCUUCACGUUGAGGAGCUUGCAUCAGAAGGAGAGAAGAUCAAGGAAAGGAUGUCUUCUCCUUCCAAAGAGUUACUCCAGGAUAAUCCAGACUUUAGCGCCACGCUGGACACUGUUGAUGUACUAAUGAGUCGAGUGGAGAGUGUCAGAUCAAGACUGGAUCAACUCUGGCAUGAUCGGAACGAGAAAUUAGAAGCUAAUCUCAAAAAGAAGAAAUUUGAACACGAAGCAAAGCAGAUUCUUGACUGGUUUGAGCAGUAUGCCGAGGAGUUCUUUGAGACACAUACUGAGAUCGGAGAGUCCUUGGAAGUAGCUCAAGCUCUCAUCACUGAAUUGCUCGAGUUUGAAGAAAGCACCAAACAAAUUAUGAACAAGACAGACAGACUAUUGAGGAAUGCUUCUGAGCUUGACAACCUGAAGCAUUUGGGAUGCGACGUGAAAGACGUGGCAGAAAAAAUACAAGGACAAAUGUUCGACUUUAAAAGCAAAAUGAAAGAGAGAAAGAAGUUUCUUGACAACGCCGUGAGUCUCCAUAACAUAAUGGAAAAGUGUUUAACAUGGUGCAUUGAAGGAGUAGAUUUCCUGAGUAAUUAUGACAUAAUGAGCAUAGACCAGGGACUCAUUGAUGCUGGUGAUGUUAAGGAGCAGUUGGAUGAUUUCCAGGCCCAGUUCCCUCCGCCCAGCACCGAAGAGAUAUCUCUCCUUACGGAGGCUGUUGCGUCAAUGGAUAGUCAGUGGACCAGCAAGGAAGGCUUUGAGUUUGCACUCAAUAGGAUCAAAGAGCUUCACGAUCGCUUUGCUUUUUAUAACAAGCUCCUCGAGGAAAUGACGAAAGAGCCUGAAGCAUCUCCAUCCUCCUCACCAAACCAGGGCACCGUCGACCUUCAUUCGCUUCAUCCCGAGCAAUACUUGGGACGGACUAACCGUCGGUUGAGCACCGACGGGAAGGCAGUCCAAGUCAGUGUACUGGACGUUGACAAGAGAGCAAAUCAAGCACUGGACCUCCUUGAGAAGACGGACAAGAAGAUAAACAAGAAGACUAAGGAAGAGGAGGCCGAAGGAGAAGGGGGGGCCAGUAGUGGGAGUAACAACUGCAGUAAUGGGAGCGAUGAGGACUGUGUUAGUCUUUUAGAGUUUCUGAGUGAGGUGGACAGGACCGAGACUCCACCUACUUUGGAUCUAUUAGAUCUUCCUGAGGCUCGCUCCCGGUCUUACUCGGCACCUGAUGAAUCGACUGAUGGGGAUGGGCCUGGUAGCUUGAAGAGGUCGAGGAGCUUAACAAGAAAGAGCCGACAGAAACUUAUAUCACCAUUACCUUCCCCAAAACCUGAUAUUUCCGGUCCUUCUAAUUUUAAAUUUGAGGAAGAAACCAAGCCAGUUAGCCUUGACGAUGUAACUGUUGAAGAGAAUCCUGAAGACAUAGAAACCCAGACAGCACAUGCAAAACAUAGGAGAAGGCUGAUGGAAGAACUACUAACCACAGAAGAAGUAUACAUAAAAGACUUGGAGCAUAUUAUUGCUAACUAUGUGCCUCACUUUCUAAAAGACAAUGAGCUUCCUCCCAGCUUGAGAGGCAAAUCCGAGAUUUUCUUUGGACUCUUACCAGAGUUUUUGAAAUUUAGUAGAGACACUGUGCUGCCCAGGAUACAGAAGUGUGUCAAAGCACCUAUCAAAAUGGGACUUGUUUUCCUUGAUCACGAAGAGCAAUUUUUACGAUAUGCAAUGUACUUUAAGAACAAGCCCCAACAAGAUGAACUCAUUGCUAUGGAAGAUGAAUUCUUUAGAGAGCUGCAAGAGAAGAUAGGAGACUCGUUACUGGUCAAUGCAUACAUGAUAAAGCCAAUUCAACGCAUGACCAAGUACAAGCAGUUCCUUGAUGAAAUGGUGAAAUACUCGACGAAAGGAAAGGAAGUACACGAAGUACAGAAAGGAGCCAAGAAAGAAUAUUUCGGAAAGCUAAAGGAAGCGUUAAAAAUGGUUGACUUUGUACUGCGUCAUGGCAAUGAUUUAUUAGCUCUUGAGUCACUGAAAGGAUACACUGGGGACAUAGAGCACUUGGGAAGGAUACUACGAGUGGGUGACCUCAUACUGGUGGAUGGUUUCACAAAACACAAGAGAAAACUGUUCCUUUUUGAGAGUGCCCUCCUCUUUGCAAAGACAAGGAAAGGAGCAAGGGCUGGACCAACUGGAUCAGAAGUGUACGACUUUAAAAUGAUGUUUAGGACAUCGGAAUUAAUGCUGAGAGAACAAGUUCCAGGUCACGAAACCAGGUUUGCUCUAGAGAUGACAAAACGUAAAGAUAUUAUCUGCCUUCAAGCUGAAACUGUUUCAGAGAAGCAGCAGUGGGUACAGGAAAUUUGGGAUCUAUUCUUUGCUCAUAUGCUAACACUAAGAGAUGAUAACCUACAAAGUCAUGGAACCAAAGCAAUGUCUGGAGUAAUGACAACAGGCUCUGCAACACUGACAAGAGGACGGCCUCUCUCUUACAGCAUGAGGAAGAGAGUUCAUUCUGUUGCUGCCAACAGGACUAUGGCCAUUCCUGAAUCAACAUCAAGAGAGUCUCUUUCAUCAGUUGGUUCUGCUACAAGUCUCAAAGAUUUUGCUGAGUACAUUCGUAACAAGAGAGACAGUAGAAACUUUCCUUCUCCAUAUUCUUCCAAUAUCCCCAUAUCCCCGCGCUCUUCAAUGGCUGUACCUUUUGGCGAUAGGAAUAGAAUGUCAACUCUGUCGACAGUGUCAACUCUCUCAAGCAUGAGUACAGUAUCAGGUGAUACCCUUGCCUCUACUCCCCGCUCAAGUACUUUAAGUCAGUCGGCUAGCAACACAACUAUUAGUAGUAGUAACAGUGAUCAGGAGAUGGCAUCAAAAGGCAACUUCACAGCAUCACCAUCGCUUCAAGAAGUACCACUAGAUGAGAGCAUUAAAUUCUAUAACACUCCUCUGUGAUUCAGUGCAUGGCAUGAGAGGAUCGUGCACUUUGUGUUUGUUUCAAGAAACAUUAUAAUACUUAUUUUCGUGGUGUUUAUAUAUUAAUCUUAUUUUGUAUUCAUUCAUUUAAACAAAA